AAGUUUACAUUCUGAGCUCCUGCAAUUGUCCACUUCUAAUUCCACACCCCCUAUCCAUGUCUGUCUGUCUGUCUGUCUGUCCGUCGUCCCAGGUCUGGUCACCGGCUGGUCCUUGGCCUUCCUCGCCGUCGAACGCUACAUCGUGAUCUGCAAGCCGCUGGGGAACUUCCGUUUCAACGCCAAACAUGCUCUGGUGGUGGUGGCGACCACGUGGGUGAUUGGAGUUGGGGUCGGUCUUCCCCCGUUCUUCGGCUGGAGCAGGUUCCUCCCGGAAGGACUGCAGUGUUCCUGUGGGCCCGACUGGUACACGGUGGGCACCAAAUACAAAAGCGAAUACUACUCGUGGUUCCUCUUCGUCUUCUGCUUCCUCAUACCGCUGACCCUCAUCAUCUUCUCCUACGCACGGCUUCUGGGUGCCCUCCGGGCG